AUGAAAUCUUCAUCGUCUUUUCUACUUUUUUCCGAGUUUGAAUUGUCCUCCGAGAGCCAAAUGGCGUUAUUUUGUGAAGAACCUUCUUCGGUUUCCUCAGUCGCAGUUGACUCUGUUGCGGUUCGUAUUUCGAUAUGGAUCAAGGAAAAGAGGAAGAAGGAGAGAGGAAAAGUUGAGCAAAACUUCGAUGGAUUGGUGCGAGGCGUCGGACGCAUACCUCAAGGUGAUGAUUGGCGCAAAAAGAAGAAAAAGAAGCAGGAGACAAAGAUUUUGUAG